GAUUUCUGGGGGUGGGGUGGAAAGGAGAACAGUGAACAGCACUCUGGCACCAGCAAGAAAUGGCUUCGCCCAGAGGCAAAGGCGGCAGCAGUGCCGCUUCCUCAAAGAGAAAGUGAAAGUAGGCCGAGGGCAGAAGAGAAACCCACAGGCUGCCGGCUACCAAGGAGUAUUUGGAAAGACCCCUCUUCUCCAGUGGGGAGCGGCUGUGAAGAGCAGCAGGAGGAGGGGCCUCAGAGCAGCCCCCAUGGGCACCAAGGGGUGGUGCCUGCUGCUCUGCGUGGCUCUGUCCCGAGCGGCAGACACUGCAGAAAAGCAAUGGCAGGCAGUGGACGUGGUCUUGGACUGCUUCUUGGUAGAGGAGGGCAAGCACCACGGAGGGUUUGCCAACAGAAAGGACAUGGUGAGGGCCCUGCUGGUGCUGAGACAGGUGCCAGUGCUGGAUGACGGCUCCCUGGAAGGCUUCACCAAUUUCCAACUGAGCACACUGGCCAAAGACAGCCCACCUGUUACCUUUGAGGCCUCAGUGAACCUGGUACAGAUUCCCCAUGCAGAGGCCUUGCUCCACGCUGACUGCAGCGAGACGGAGGUGACCUGUGAGAUCUCCCGCUACUUUCCCCGGGCCAGACAAGAGGCCGCUGUGGAGACAGCAGCUUGGUUCAUCACCAAUAUGCAGGUGUCUGGUGGGGGACCCAGUGUCUCCAUAGUGAUGAGGACUCUCAGGGAUGCUGAGAAUGUGGCUGUCUUGCACCCCACGGUGCACCUACCCCAGAGCCCCCAGGGGACUGUGCUGACUGCAGUGGAGCUGCAAGUGUCGACUCAUACCCCAUCCCUGAAUUUCCCGCUGGGGUCCUCAGCCUCCGUGCACUGCGCCUUCUCCAUGGCACCAGGCUUGGACCUCAUCAGAGUGGAGUGGCGGCUACAGCACAAGGGCAACGGCCAGCUGGUGUACAGCUGGACCACAGGGCAGGGGCAGGCCAAGCGAGAGGGCGCUACCCUGGAGCCUGAGCAGCUCCUCAUGGCCGGGGAUGCCUCCCUCAACCUACCCAGCCUCACUCUGAAGGACGAGGGGGCCUACAUUUGCCAGGUCACCACCUCUCUGUAUCAAGCUCAACAAGUCAUCCAGCUCCACAUCCAAGCUUCCCCCAAAGUACGACUGUAUUUGGCAAAUGAAGCUCUGCCACCCACCCUCAUCUGCAACAUAGUGGGCUAUUAUCCUCUGGAUGUGACUGUGACGUGGACCCGAGAGGAGCUGGGUGGAGCCCCAAUCCCAGUCUCUGAUGCCUCCUUCUCCAGCCUCCGGGAAAGCCCAGGAGGCACCUACAGCAUCUCCUCCUCCCUGAGAGCAGAACCUGGCUCUGCAGGUGCCACUUAUACCUGUCAGGUCACCCACGUCUCCCUGGACAAGCCCACAGAGGCCAGGGUCUGGGUUGCCCCACCAGAGCAGAGGACGGCCUUUAAGAUCCUUUUUGCCAGCAGCCUCUUCCUUCUUGCACUGCUGUACCUGGGGCUUCAGAGAUGGAAAGCUACCUCACCCAAAGUCACCCAAGACUGCAAGGCCCUCUUGGUAACCAGUCCGCUGCCUCAGAAUAAAAAGAAAGAGUAGUCACGUUCUCCCAGAAGGACUCUAAGCCAAGGCCCAGAGCCCAAAAAGACCCCAAGAAAAGCAUGAAGAAAGCACAGAUCAUGGGGCCACUGGCUCUGAAUAUGUGCGGGACUAUGCCUUCCUUCAUCGUGUCCCUUGGCUACACAGAGUAAAUGCGAAGAGGUGAGAGGGCAGCAGGAGGGCAGCAAGAAGUUUGGGUGGAGGUUCAAACUGGAGCCAGAUUUGAGGUGCAGUGGAAAAGAACACUGGGAAGAAACUGAGAAAGAAGCAAGUGCAAGACAGGGGCAAAGGGGUCAGGGUUGGACCACCACACACUGACACUGAACUCUGUCCAAAUAAAAGCCCCUUGUGUCCUUGGA